AUGGCGUCCGACAUUUCAGAGAAGCGAUGCACUGUCUUUCCAACGAGCCUCGAUAUUGAAGGGGAGCUCUUGGAAGCAUCAUCUCCCAUGAAUUAUGAACACGAGGAAGUUCAAGCCCCUUGUGGGCAGCCACCACGCCUGCAAAAACGGCAGAAGCCACCGCCACUUCCUGUUACCGUGAAACGGUCUUCAAAUGAGAGCCCGGGGGAAGUUAAGCGACAAGAAACGGAUUUCUGCCAAACUGGCAAUCCCUGGCAACGAUACGAGCGAUUCACUCAAGAAGGGAAAUCACGGAGUAUAUACCUGGCCUUCGAAAAGUCACAGACAGCUUUGAUGGUGGCUGUUAAAGUAUGCCACAACGUGACAGUGAACCCUACCAGGAGCUUGGUCAGAACUUCGCAUGUAAAUCUUGUCAACCUGAAGGCUGCAUUUAUUGACAAGGAAAUUGUAUACCUGAUUUACGAGCGAGUGGAUCUUUCCUUGAACCAUUUACAUUCAUGUGUGAGCUUGAAAGAGGCUCAUAUUGCCGCUAUCUGCAAGGAGGUUCUUCAAGGACUUUCAUAUAUUCACAGAGAGUUGCAUAUCGGUCAUGGAGAAAUCAGAAGCAGCAAUGUUUUCGUGACUCUUUCCGGGGUUAUCAAGAUUGCCAUCAUGGCCAGAAACAGAAUGAUAUCCGUGCGGUUGGAUGGAUAA